ACGUCACUAUCAUUCUAGUUAGUGUUGAGUGGACAAUUGCAACACUCAUCUGUGGUCUUCCGCGCAAUUCAAAGUGGCCAACACAUGCCGUAUACAUUUCGUUAAUUCCCAUUCCAGGUCCAUCCAAAUGGAGAAGAAGCAGAGUAGUGCAGCGGCCAUGGGGGUUGAUGACUCCUUGAACCCACGAGUCGACGCCGUGAAGCCUUCAAGGACUGUGGCCAUAAGCGACCAAGCAAACGCACUGGUUCAAGCUGGCGUCCCCGUUAUUCGCCUGGCCGCCGGGGAGCCCGAUUUCGACACUCCCGCUCCCAUUGCUGAGGCUGGGAUUAAUGCAAUUCGUGAAGGCCAUACAAGGUACACCCCGAACGCCGGAACAUUACAAUUACGGCAGGCUAUUUCUCAUAAGCUCAAAGAGGAGAACGGGAUCACUUACGCCCCUGAUCAUAUUGUGCUUAGUAAUGGAGCCAAGCAGAGUCUUGCCCAGGCCGUUCUUGCAGUUUGCUCCCCGGGAGACGAGGUCAUUAUUCCUGCUCCAUAUUGGGUGAGUUACCCAGAAAUGGCAAGGUUGGCUGAUGCUGUACCUGUUAUUCUUCCAACAUCAAUAGAUAAUCAUUUCCUUUUGGACCCCAAACUCCUUCAAUCCAAAAUUACUCAAAGAUCAAGGCUUCUCAUUCUUUGCUCGCCAUCUAACCCAACAGGAUCUGUCUACCCCAAGAAAUUACUUCAAGACAUAGCCCACAUUGUAGCAAACCACCCCAGGCUUCUGAUUCUCUCUGAUGAGAUUUACGAGCAUAUAAUUUAUGCACCAGCAACUCAUACAAGCUUUGCAUCACUACCAGGAAUGUGGGACAGAACCUUAACUGUGAACGGAUUUUCCAAGGCCUUUGCAAUGACUGGAUGGCGGCUUGGAUAUAUUGCUGGUCCAAAACAUUUUGUUGCAGCAUGUGGAAAGAUUCAAAGUCAGUUCACUACAGGGCCCAAUAGCAUAGCUCAGAAAGCUGGAGUUGCAGCGUUAGGACUAGGCUAUGCUGGUGGGGAAAUUGUAGCUAAUAUGGUGAAAGCAUUUCGGGAGCGCCGAGAUUUCUUGGUUAAAAGUUUUAGGGAAAUGGAGGGUCUUAAAAUAUCAGAACCCCAGGGGGCAUUUUAUCUAUUCAUUGAUUUCAGCUACUACUAUGGAAGAGAAGCUGAAGGAUUUGGUAGAAUUGAUGAUUCGGAGUCCCUUUGUCGAUAUCUUUUGGAUAAGGGCCAGGUGGCCUUGGUGCCUGGGAGUGCAUUUGGAGAUGAUACUUGUGUUCGGAUAUCAUAUGCAGAAUCCCUUACUAUCCUUCAAGAAGCUGUGGAGAGAAUUAAGAAAGCACUCGCCCCUCUCAGCUCUGCUGCACUCCGUUAAAACCCUUGCUUUGUUGUUCUAGUGGGUUUAUUUUAGUUUAAGUUCGGCAUUGUAUAUAUGUCUCUAUUCUGAAAAUAAUAGGCUACGGCUAUUGAAGCUGCGGCAAACACCACCCAAUAGAAUGGCAUUGUGUGAAAUUUAUUCAUCUGCCUCUGAAGUUUGGACUGAAAAGUAUGAGAUCGAAUAACAAUGAAUACAGUUUUACAUCAUUUCUAAACAAGGAGAGAUAGGUGUCUUUACUAGACUUCCAUAUCUACUGGAGUAAAAUUCUUGUUUGCUUCUUUUAUU